CCAUAGCGACCAGAUCCCGGAAGUGGAGCGCGAGCUGCUGGUGAAGGAAAACGCGUUUGUUUGUUUGUUUGUUUGUCGACAUGUCGGAGGCGGAAGAGAUGAUUAAGAAAGGAACCGAAGAAAACCAACACAGGGUCAUGCUGCGUGGAAUCUUCAAACUGCAGAAGAAGAGUCACGAUGUCCUACUGACGAGAACCACACUGACCUGGACCCCCAUUACCCCAGAGACCCCCACUGCUGAAGCCUGUAUGCUGCCUUCAGGGACCUUGUUGCUGCAGGAUGUAUUUGCAGUGAAGGUGAAGCGCCGUCGAGCAGUGGGCCAGCAGACAGGGGGCGCUGUAUUGGGUGUUGCUCUGUUUCACUGUGUGAGGGUGGGGAGGAGGCUGCAGGAAGAGACACUGCAUCUCCACAAUGCCUCCUCUGAACAUGCCUACACCUGGUUCAACACCCUGAAGGAGGUGAUCUCAGGGUUUCAUGGACGUCCUCGCUCUCUGAAGGUCUUCAUCAAUCCAAGCAGUCACAGGAAGGAGGCAGUUCCCAUCUACAGGGACCACGUGGCUCCUCUCUUCAAGAUGGCAAACAUCCACACCAACAUCACCGUCACGGAGAAGCAGGGACACUCUCUGUCGGUGAUGAAGGAAUGUCCACUGGAUGAAUAUGACGGGGUGGUGUGUGUUGGUGGUGACGGCUCAGUGGCGGAGUUGUCUCACGCUGUGGUCCUCAGAGCUCAGCUGGAUGCCAACUGUCCAGAGAACCCAGUGAGAUCAGCAUUGCCACUCGGAAUCAUCCCUGCUGGUUCUACAGACGUGGUUUCAUGUUCUGUUCACGGAGUCAGAGAUCCAGUAACCGCAGCACUGCAUAUCAUCCUCGGGCACCUUCAGAAGGUGGACAUGUGCAGCUUCUCAUCUCUAGGACAAUUUAUCCGUUUUGGGUUCUCUGCACAGUUUGGCUUUGGUGGGCAAAGUCUGGCAAAAGCGGAGAAGAAAAGAUGGAUGUCAUCAUCACGGCGACAAGAAUACGCUGUGGUUAAGACUUUGGCCUACAUGAGACCAGAGGAAUGUCAGCUGUCUUUUCUCCCAGUGAAGAAGAUAAGUAGGAACUUGUUUUCAAUAGACCAGGACCCAGAGACAGAUGAACAGGAGUCCUGGGUGACCAACCAUGGACUGUAUCUGAGCAUCAGUAUCAUGUCCAUCCCCUGUCUGAGUUCAUACACACCUCAAGGACUGGCUCCCAGCACCAGGCUGGCCAAUGGGAGUGCAGCACUGAUUGCAGUUGGAAACGCUUCCAAGUCAGAGUUCAUUAAACACCUGAAGGGAUACAGCGCCUCUGCUGGACAGUUCAGUUACCCUUUUGUGGAGACUCAUACAGUGUCAGCAGUAAAGAUCCGCCCCCAAGCUGUGGUUGGCUGGUCUGAGGAAGUGAGUGAGAAGGACGGAGUCUCCACAACAAGGUCCAUCAACCAAUCGGAGAGCUGUGCCUUUCCCUGGAACAUUGAUGGAGAGCUGGUGCAGAUUGCCAAUGAAGUGCUUGUUAGGGUUCACCCCGGGCUCAUCACGCUGUACGGUGAGGACGUGGACGAAUGGGAGGAGCCAGCCAUCUCCUGCAGCUGCAUCUGAAACCAGGAGGGGGCAGCAGUGGGAACGUGACCUCACUGCAAAAACUACAGUGAUGCAAAGUUUAAAAGUUCAAAAGCUUUGGAACUUUUCAAACUUUGAGCUCAUGUUUUGCUCAUGUUUUAUGCUGAAGAUUUAAAUGUUGAUAUAUUUGUGUAUCUUAUCCACUUCAGUUCCAGUUAACUCCGAUUGAUCGUGGGCUGUAUGGAUUAUAGAUUGAUUAUUGAUUGAUGAGAGUUUGAUGCACACUAAAAGGAUUUAUAGGGUGUCUCAAAAAAUCUAUCCAAAAGUACUCUGGAAUCUGAAUACCAGGAAAUGGUUUUACUGGGAAAUAAUGGUGUUUUUCUCAUUUCAGGAACCCUAAAGUUUGUUCUGCAAAACAUUAAAGUCCAGGAAAAAAGCUGCAGUUGACCCUAAUUCAGAGAACAAAAUCGAGUUCUGUGCAACACAUCCUGAGGCCUGACUUACAUCUCUUUCCACACAAAAUUGAGUCUCAGAGCAAACUAACUCCCCAGCAAAUGAUGAGACAUGAAUUUGCUCAGUGGUUUCCUGGAAAACUGGAGAUGGAUCAUUUGUUUCUUAGGAAGCUUCAGACGAGGAGGUUACAUCGGUCAUGUGGUGCAAAAGAUAAAGGGUUAAAACAUCUAAAAGGAAAGACUGAACUAAAAACUGCAUUGGGGAGAAAAAUUGCAGAAAAUGUCUGAUCAUAUUGAUUGGUUUUUCUGUGCUGUCAAAAUACUUUUGGGUACUUUUUUUUUUUGAGACACCCUACAUAUUUUGAGAAGUGAGCGCCACCUGUAGGUAAUGAGUUGUACCUCACAUUGUUUUUGGCUGCAUUCAGAUCAGAUGUUUCAAAUUUAUGAAAUUAGCGCCCCCCAGUGGUCCAGCUGUAUCAA